CUCCAUUUUGUGCUAAAUUCUAGAGAGAGAAGCACCAAAGCCAGAGUUCCCCUCUUUUACUCGUUAUUUCAACAACAAAUCCACAUACAAAUACAAUUUUUAUCACGAUUUUUAAGCGCUCUUCGCAUUUUUCGCUCAUCUUUCUCUCUCUACCCACCAAACCCCACCUCUUAGAUCUGGCCUUCAACACCCUCCUUGUUGGGUGCAAUUCCCUCAGGUUCGAUUUUUUCUUCAAUCCUUAGAUCUGGGUCUUCGUUAAUUGCUCGGAUUCUUUUUGAUUGAUCCCUUGCUUCAGAUCUGCUGCGGCGCUGAACUGUUUAAAUUUUUAUCUGAAUUUCCCUAUCUUAUUGAAGAUUCAGCUCAUAUUCAUUUCUUGAAAACAGUUUGAAGUGUGCUUCAGUUGGAGGGGAUUUUUCCUUCUAAAAAUUGUAGUCAGAAUGAAAAAGGCUUUUGAUCAAACUGUCAGGGACAUUAAGAGAGAGGUGAAUAAGAAAGUUCUCAAAGUUCCUUCGGUAGAACAGAAGGUUCUUGAUGCUACUAGCAAUGAACCCUGGGGUCCUCAUGGAUCAAACCUUGCUGACAUUGCCCAAGCGACAAGAAAUUAUCAUGAGUACCAAAUGAUCAUGGCAGUGAUCUGGAAGCGUGUCAGUGAUACUGGAAAAAAUUGGAGGCAUGUCUACAAGGCUUUGACGGUUUUGGAAUACUUGGUAGCUUAUGGGUCAGAGCGUGUCAUAGAUGAGAUCAGGGAACAUGCGUACCAAAUAUCGACAUUGUCAGAUUUUCAAUAUAUUGAUUCCAGUGGGAGGGAUCAGGGAAGCAAUGUUAGAAAGAAAUCUCAAAGUCUUGUGGUUCUAGUGAAUGAUAAAGAAAGAAUUCAAGAAGUUCGACAGAAGGCUGCCACUAACAGGGACAAGUAUCGCAAUACAUCAAUGGGUGGCAUGUAUAGGCCCGGUUCAGGAGGAUAUGGUGACAGAUAUGAUGAUGAUCGUUAUGGAAGCAGGGAUGAAGACCGAAAUGGGUAUGGGAGCUCCAGGGAUGAUGAUAAAUACGGUAGGUAUGGGGAUUCAUACAGCCGUGAUGGGGAUCGUUAUGGUAGCGAAUUCGAAGAGCGCUACAACCGAGAUGGCUACAGGGAUGAUGAUUACCGGGGAAGAAGUCAAAGCAUUGAUGACAACCAGUAUGGAUCGAGAAGUAGAAGCUCUGAUAUAGAUAGGGACCGGGCAUAUGAAAAUGAUGGACAGUAUUCUUCUAGAGGAAGUGGUGCCAAAGCUGAUGAUCAUUCUCAGGAUGGAAGUGCUGGCCGGCGGCUUGACCGGAAAUUUUCUGAACAAAAUCUUGGUGCUCCUCCGAGUUAUGAAGAGGCUGUGGGUGAUGCUCGUAGCCCUGUUUAUAGUGAAAGGGAUGGAGAAACUUCAGCAGCAGCUGCCACUAUAUCAUCAACUUCCCCUGUGAGCGGAAACCAUGCAACCACUGCUCCUGGCACUCCAGCUCCUGCACCAGCUCCAGCAGCUCCAGCUCCUGCACCAGCUCCAGCUCCAGAAAAGAAGGAAGUUGAUGGCUUCGAUGAAUUUGAUCCACGUGGUUCAGUUUCAGUACUUCUAUGCGCAGAUGAGUCUUUUGCAGCCAUUGAGUAA